CAUUUUUUCCCGAUGAAACUAAGUACAAAGGCAUAAAUGAUGGCCAUGCCAUGGCUGCGCUCGGCUGACAUUUUCUGAUGAAAACGAAAAUUCCAAGAUGUAUGUGAGAAAAAUGUCCAGCGGGGAUUUAUUUGUAACUGAGACUGGUUUAGAAGAUUUAGAAAGUGAAGAGUUCAUUUUAUGCUACAAUAAAUCUGAAUCCAAUCCUCAAAAUUAUGAAUUUCUAUGUUGUGUCUGCACCAAACAAAUCAAAGGUUUAAAAGACUGUAUGAACCACUGGAGAAAUUCAAAGCACAAGCGUGAAGCGAAAGCCUGCUACAACAAGAUCAAGUACUUACAGAGAAUUCCGCAUGCUGUAACAAAUGUUGAAACUACUUUAUCCCAAUUUAUAAAAGAUACUGUCAAUGCUCAUGUCCUGGCAAAAGACGAGUUGCUGUUACGUCAGAAGAUUUGCUCGAAAGUUGAAGACUGUUUGAAAAAAGCUGGAUUUAAAAGCAUAUUUUGUCGUUUGUACGGUUCUGCACACACUGGAAUAGGCUUUCAUGAUGCAGAUAUAGAUAUCGACGUUCAGUAUGAUCCUCAAGAAAUAGUACACAGCAAGAUACCGGUCUCCACAACAGCUUCGAUAUAUAUUCAAAUAGCAGAAACUUUAAAGAAACAAAGAAGGCAGUUUUGCGAUGUGGAGGAUACAUUCCAUUUGAGGUUCCCAUGUCUCAGGUUUACAGACAUAGAAAGUGGACUUCACUGCUGUAUCUACUCCAAUUAUUCAAAUGGCUUCCAUACAUCAGAUCUUCUCAAAAGUUACGUGGAGCUGGAUGACAGAGCAAAAUCACUGUGUUCAUUUUUUAAACUUUGGGCAAAGCUUUGUAAAUUUGACGACCCAAGGCUUUGUGGUUUAUCUCCAUAUUGUUUUUCCUUGAUGGUGAUCCAUUAUUUACAGCAAAGUGUACCACCUGUUUUGCCAAUCAUUAAGGUUACUGGAAGUAAGGGAGAAAAAGGUAAAAUUGUUGACACAGUUAAAGAAAAAAACUCCACUAUCACCACAAAUGAGCUUGAAUCUUGGAGAAGUAAGAACACUAAUAGUCUUGGAUGGUUGUUAAAUGAUUUAUUUAGGUACUACCUUGUUAGGUUCCAUUUUAAAGCAUUGGUUAUUAACAUACAGCAAGUAUCUCCAAUGUCAAAGCAACGUAGACAGUUCAACAAUAGCAGAAGGGUGGCAAUUGAAGAUCCAUUCGUAAAAGAUAAUGUUGCAAGCACUCUUUGUUCAACAGCAAUUUUAAAUAACAUGAUACAAAGUAUGGAAAAGACUUGGAAGUAUUUUUCCUGCUACACACCACCAAAAACUGUAAACGAGAAAGAACUAAAGCGAAAGCGAGACAUUCCAGAAACCAAUGUAGACUUGAGUAGCAGUGUAAAAGGUGAAGCUCCUCAACAUUUAAACAAUAAAAAAGAAAACAGUGAGGAGGACGAAGAAAGUUCAAGUAAGGAUUCAGACAGCGAUGUUGUUGUUGAGAGCGAAGACUACGAUGACGACAACCUUAAUAAAAAUCAGCAAUUCAGUGGCAAAGAAAAACAAGGCAAUGAAUAUUUAGCUACCAGUGAAGUGUUGCAAGAGUCUAAAGAGCUGAUAGAAAUUGAAGAUACUUCUGAUUCUUUACCACAGAAUGUGUCAGAAAUGGUUGACAAACUGCUUAUCGAGGACAAUGACGCUGACGAUGCUAACAAAAACCACGAAGAUGAAAAAUCACUUGUGAUAGAUUGUAUAGCUCCUUCUCCUUCUUUUCAGCUUUUACCAAGAUAUUUUACUUCAGGUAAAGUUGCAUUGAUGUGUUCUGAAUGUCUAAAUGAAGGACAUACCUACACAAAGUGUCCAUGUUUGUACACUAUAAUGCGAGAGCUGCCUCCCUUAACUAAAAAGUUCCGAUUGAUCAUGGACAAAGUUUGUGAGGAUGUUAUGAUGUCUUGCCAGAUGACUGAAGAAGAUAUGAAAUUUCGAGCUAUAGUUUUAAACGAUAUGGAGAAUCAUCUAAAAAGACAUUUCCGAACUGACUGUCGCUUGAGCUUGUUUGGCUCAUCGAGGAAUGGUUUUGGUUUCGAUGGCUCCGACAUGGAUGUUUGUUUGCGUUUUGAAGAGAAGGAGCCUCCACCAUAUCUCGAUUAUCCCAAUAUGGUUGUUCAAGUUUCCAGAGCACUAAACAAAAGUCUACAUUAUGAAAAGGUCAUGUAUAUCAAAUCUGCGAAAGUACCGAUUGUCAAAUUUACUAUCCCAUCACAUAAGCUUGAGGGAGAUAUUAGUUUGUACAACUGCUUAGCUUUGGACAACUCCCAGAUGUUGCGAACUUACUCUAAAAUAGACAAGAGAGUCCGAAUACUUGGUUAUUGCAUGAAAACGUAUGCAAAGAUUUGCGAAAUUGGAGAUGCUUCACGUGGUAGCCUUUCUUCAUAUGCGCAUAUUUUGCUUGUACUUUAUUAUCUCCAACAUUGUGAGCCACCUGUUAUCCCCGUGUUACAGGAAUUGUAUACAGGGAAGAAGCCAGAACAUCUCACAGAAGGAUGGAACACGUGGUAUUUUAAGGAUAUUAGUAAACUUAAAGAUGUUUGGGCUGGCUAUGGAAAGAAUAAUCAAUCUGUUGGCGAAUUGUGGAUUGGCUUAUUUCGAUUCUACAUGGAAAAGUUUGAUUUUAACAGAAAUGUGAUCGCAAUCAAGCAGCAUAAAAAACUCUCGAAGUUUGAAAAAUCUUGGACGCACUCAUCGAUAGCUAUAGAAGAUCCAUUUAAUUUAAACCACAAUCUUGGAGCAGGGGUGAGAAGAAGCAUGUACAAGUAUAUAUUAUCCUGCUUCUCCUACGCACGAUCAAGAUUCGGCAACUCCCAGCAAACGUUGCCAGAAGGAGACAUAUUAGUUAAACAGUUGUAUCUAUUUGAUGCAGUCGCAUUGACUGGUAAUAAAGACGUGCCGAAAGAAAGGUUAUGUCGGCGUUGUGGUAAAAUAGGACACCAGGCUUCAAACUGUGCAGAAAAAUUUGCUGCUGAAAGAGACAUGCGAAAGCGUAGAGAUAGUGAACGAGAAGAGGAAUUGGUUAAAGGCGAUGAGAAUAAAUCGGUUGAGACAAGAAGAAAUACACCGAAGAGAGAUGCUAGAGGGAAAAGGAAUGUUGGUCCUGAUGACCAUAUAAAAUGUUUCAACUGUGGCAAAAUGGGCCAUCGGAAAGCAGAUUGUCCAAGCAGAAAAGAGGAUAAAGCAUCUUUUAACAAAGCUCCUGGCUCCGAGCGUAAUGUCAAGGGAUCUGAAAGGAACGGUAGUCGAAGCAAUGCAGACAAGACGAAGCAAACCAUGUAUAAUUCCAAUGAGUUAAAGCAUAACAACGCAUGGGCAGGUCCACUUCAUAAAUCGAAAACUGAUUUAGCCAUUCCUCUCUCAGACAUACUUCAUAGACCUAAACCAGUCAUUAAAUCCACACAACAAUUUCCAAUUGACGAUUCGCUCUUAAGUUUCUCUUAUAGCCAAUUAAAUCAAUUAUUCCCUACCCUAUUGGAACCUCUGCAAUCUGAAUGUAACACGUCUGCAACAACAGUGACUCACGUAUUGAAAGCACAUCCAUCAUCAAAAAUUCAGGCUCCUGAAGUAUUGGCUUCAAACAAUUCUCAAGGUGGAAUGUCUGAAGGUCCACACCGGUCCAACAAUCUAACUCCGGACCAGCAGUUUAGUUUCACCAGUUUUGCCCAGCAGUUCCAAGUAGCAAACACACCACCCAAAAAACGACGUGAAUUUGCCGAGCAACAACAUGUCGGCGAUUUUCCGCCCCUAUCCUUAACCGAAUACAAGAAAGAAUCGACAAGAUCAGACCAUCGACGAGGUUUUUCUCCCAGAAAGAAACGGAUGAACGCUAGUUCAUCUACACAUUCUCUCCCCGGUGCAUCUAAUCGAUCUCCGGACCAAGAAAAAGCAGCCGGCAGACCAUCUGCUUCCGGUAAGUCAUCCUCGCACGAAUCUAAACAAACGUCAUCAAAAACAAACCGGACAAGUGGAAAGAAUACUCGAACGCAAGGCGAAUUUACUACUCCCAAGAAGACGAACAAGCAGUCAGGUCAAAAUGGAAGAACAUAUAGUGCUUAACGCACUAACUGAACGUUCAUGUGGAUUCCACCUUGCAAUCCAUUGUCAAGGUGAACUUUCAUAUGGAUUCCACCUCGUCGAUCCAUUGUCAAGGUGAACUUUCAUGUGGUUACCAUUUCGUCAAUCCAUUGUCAAGGUGAACUUUGAUGUCGAUUCCAACUCGUCAAUCCAUUGUCAAGGUUUUUUUUGGCUUUGUCACCAUUUGCCACUUUUUUUUUCCUUAGCUGUGUUUUGAUAGAAAAAAUUAUUUUAGUUUUUAUAAAUGUUUUAGUGAUUUUUAUAAACGUAUAACCUUCCCUGAAUUUUGUGUUCAUUAU